AUGCCUACCAACUUCAACGUUGAUAGAGCGAUGGCGGUGAUUCGCAACGAGCAUAGAAAGCUCUUGACCCUCACCUUCAGCAGCCAUUUUAUCUACCCGGGUCAGUUCGUCUCCAAGCGUGAUGCUGCCCAUCCACCACGCAUGUCGUUCCCUCGCCUCAAGGGUAACGGAACCUACAUGAUUGUUUGUCUCGACCUGGAUGCGCCUUUCCCUUCGUGCCGUGUGCUCGGCCCUAAGUGCCACUGGAUCCAGUCUGGUCUGGAGCCGAUUAUGAGCGAAAAUGGUCACUUCUUCCUCAGAGUGGCAGCACCUUUCAUUGCCAACUACGUUGGACCAAAUCCCCUUCCCGGAAGUUCUCCGCACCGAUACCUGUUCAUUCUCUACGAACAGCCUGCUGGAUUCGAGAUCACUCGAUCCUCUCCCACUGGCGGCAAGAAGAUGGGAGUCUGGUCGCGCCUCCGUUUUGACCUCGACGGCUGGGCUAGAGAGAUUGGCCUUGGCCCUGUUGUCGGAGCCAACUAUUUCGUCAGCAAGUAG